CGAAUCGAAUCGAAUCGAAUCGAAUCGAAUCGAAUCGACAGUCGAUCGUGGUCAGCCGAAUUGAGGUGCAUGGGAUAACGCGAGACACCACCUAAUGAUUGUGUUGCGCAACGGUCAUCGAUCUUUUGUCCUGUGUCCAGUGGGACUGGCACUGAAGAAAGAUUUUCGUUCGAACAGCAUCGAUCUGUUCGAUCACAACUCACAACAAGCCGAUCUCACACAUGUAACCGAAAGACCCUCGUCUCUACGAACCACAUCAACCAUCGUCUCUUCUAUCAUCAAGGCACCGCCACCAAGACAGCACUACCAACAUGUUCAAGUUAAAGCUGCAAGUUGGCAAUCUCCCAUCGAACCGAUUGGCUCUGACUAACAGGAUCUAUGUGUCUCAACACAACUACGAGCAAGUGGCCAAUUUUUACGCGCAGCACAAGGUUCCUCCGAUUGAUCAGGGCAGCAAGUCGUAUUUGGUUCGUUUGGGGGACAGGCCUUAUGCCAUUGAAGGUCAUGCCCAAGUAGAGAAUUCUCAAGUCGCCCUGAAUGGCUUGCAACGUCGAACGGCCAUGCUGAGUCUGGCUCAUCCAAUCACGCUGACUCCGUAUCAACCCUAUCCACCACCCGCAUUGGCGGCCGUUGUCUUUGCCGUGGAUUUGUUGGUCAAACCCAAAGGACCUUCAGGUGGUGGGAAAAAACAUCAAAAGGAAAUUGACACGGAUCGACUGGCCAGUACUGUCUUGAUGAUUUUAGAAGGACAAGUAUUGGCCGUUGGCCAGAUCAUGGCGUUGGACUUUGAGGGGACCAAAGUGGAAUUGUCAGUCAAGAGUGCGGGAGUCAUGGAAUUGAAGAAAAAGAAGAGCAAAGACAAAUCUGCACCACCCGAUGCGUCUCCUCAGGAGGGACAAUUGCUACAACCCACAGACAUUACAUUUACUCGUGCGGAGGGUUGUAAUAGUAUUACGCUCGAAGGGGAUCGUGUCGCGGAAGGAGGAUCCAGUGGACAAGCCAACAAUAUCUUUGUCAGUGACUUUGAUUUCGAAAAAUUGGGAAUUGGAGGAUUGGACCAGGAAUUCAACCAGAUCUUCCGUCGAGCCUUUGCCAGUCGCAUUUGGCCCAGCAAAAUCAUCAAGGAAAUGGGAAUUACUCAUGUCCGUGGAAUGCUGUUAUAUGGCGCUCCCGGUUGUGGGAAAACCUUGAUUGCUCGUCAGAUUGGAAAGGCGCUCAAUGCCCGAGAACCCAAGAUUGUAAAUGGUCCUGAGAUUCUCAACAAAUUUGUAGGAGGAUCCGAGGAGAAAAUUCGAGAAUUGUUUGCGGAUGCCGAAAAGGAACAAGCAGAGGCCGGUGACAACAGUAUGCUUCACAUUAUCAUUCUGGAUGAGAUGGAUGCCAUUUGUAAGCAACGUGGGUCAGUCAAGGACGGAACCGGCGUGUCCGAUAGUGUGGUCAAUCAGCUCUUGUCCAAAAUUGAUGGUGUGGACUCGUUGAACAACAUUCUUCUGAUUGGAAUGACAAACAGGAAGGACAUGAUUGAUGACGCCUUGCUGCGGCCUGGUCGGUUGGAGGUGCACGUAGAAAUUGGUCUCCCCGAUGCCAAGGGACGCCUGCAAAUUCUUAACAUCCACACCCGAAGCAUGCAACAAGCCAAACGUAUCACUCCCGAGGUCUUGCAGAGGCUUCCCGAAAUUGCCGAGAAGUCCAAGAACUUUUCGGGUGCCGAGAUUGAGGGUUUGGUCAAGGCAGCAUCGUCAUAUGCUUUGACACGAUGUGUCGACUUGAAAGACUUGAAAAAGGCUCCCGAUAUCAAGAAUCUGGUCCUGCAAUAUGAAGACUUUGAGCGGGCCCUGAAUGAUAUUGAACCCAAGUUCGGAGCCAAGAGUCAAGAACUCAAAGCCUACUAUCGCAAUGGAUUUGUCCCCUAUGGUGAUACAUUCGAUAAUCUUAUGUCAACGUUGGAGAGAUUGGUCGAACAAGUUCGAUCGUCCGACAAGACACCUCUCAUGUCCAUUUUGCUACAAGGUUCCGCCAGCUCCGGAAAGACUGCCAUUGCUGCCAAACUAGCCGUCGAAUCUGGGUUCCCCUUUGUUCGAAUGAUCAGCGCCGACGAAAUGAUUGGGUAUUCAGACGUCUCCAAGAGUACUCAGAUCCACAAAGUCUUUAUGGAUUCCUACCGAUCACCGCUCAGCCUGAUCUUCCUGGACGACAUUGAGCGACUCAUUGAAUACGUUCCGAUCGGUCCUCGCUUCAGUAAUGCUGUGCUUCAAACGUUGAUGAUUCUGUUGAAGAAGAUCCCUGCAGACGAAGGAAGAAAGCUCCUCAUUAUUGGUACCACCAGCGCCGGCCACCUACUGGAGGAUCUUGGCCUGGUUCAAGCUUUCUCCGUGGCGCAAACGGUUCCUCUCAUUGCUGAAGGCAAGGACUUUUACGAAGUGUUGCGAUCUGCGGCUCACAUGAGCAAGGAAGAUGCCAAGGCAAUCGCCAGACAGAUCAAGAAACCUAUUGGUAUCAAGCAGCUUCUCAUGGUAGCAGAAAUGGCCAAGCAGAGUUCAGACGAUGGUUCAGUGAAUGUGAAUGUCUUUAUGGAAUGUUUGCAUGCAGCGGGUUACUGAGUUUCGUGAUUUGCAGGUGCAUUGCCUUUUUGUCGGGCAAGAGUGUCGUUUGAAUAGAUAGACAUAAAUGACUAGACAUCCCUUGCUUUCUUUUGUGUGUUUUUACCAUCCUCUACCUGUCCUUUCUAUUCUAGU